CUCACAAUGAUCGUCUUCAUCCAUCUCCCUUCGCAUCGUUCGUCCCGACAAAUUUAUACACCCUGACGAUCACCAUGCCGGCCAACGAGCUCCCAGCAGCGUCUCACGCCUCCGUUAUCAACGCCAUCAACCUCCGCAAGGUCCUCUCGCUACUCGGAGCCCUGCUCACCAUCAAGCUCCUGAAUGUGCUGGCAUCUCUCACCGGGGUGAGCAGAAACUCUGCCCGAUACCCCAAUAGCUACGUCGGCCAGGCCAUCAGCCGCAGGGAGCAACGCAUCAUCCACAUCCUCCUGACAAUCACGCCCGAGAACACCCAGCUCAACGAGAGUCUGCAAUCCACCGCAGGCCUGUCCAGCGCGGACAUGAGACCAACCACGGCCGAUAGUGCUCCUUCUUCCGGCCUGGCCAUCCCGCUGAUGCCUGUGCCGUCGCGAGUGGUCCGCCUGUCAAACUGUGUGACUAGCCGCAGUAUGGAUCUCGCCAUCGCUGGCAGAGGAAGAGAGCACGACGAUCAUACCAGUGCACAAGCGAGUGUGCACUUCCUAGGCCAUCAGCCUCUUGCCAGUGACUCGGUCUACUCGUCCGUCGUCCGGAGAAGCUUGUCGUUGA